AUGAAGAGAGUUGGGAUACAGGAUGAAAGUGAGUAUUAGGAGUCUUUGCUCGGCCAUGAGAACUUCAAGGAAUGCAAUUUUUUAUUCACCAACAUUACUCCUUUGAUUGAACUAAUAAAUAGGAAAUCGGAUCAACUUGAGAAUACGGAUUUGCAAUACUUUUUAGAGCCUAAUUUAAAACCUCAAAAGGCAAUAGAUCUAGUUGAGAGGAUAUAAUUAAAUGAGUUAGAGAGGAGAAAAAAGAAUAAUAUUAGUCUGGAGAGGGAAUAUCAAACUCCUACCUUUUACAUAUUUAAGUCCUUGUUUAUGGGGAAGUUCAUAUUUAUAGGAUUGCUAAACUUUUUGGACAAAGCAAUUCAAAUCGGAUCGGUGUACUUAUUAGAUAAAGUCACUGAUUCAAUCAAGGACUAUAACGAUCCCGAAGACGAACACAAAAUCUUGAAACCCAUUUUAUUGUUAUUGACAAUGACAAUUGUUUAUACAUUUGGAACUUACUUGGAGUCAAUUUCGAACAAUUAUUAAAACUAAUUUACGACAUUAUUAAAAAUAGUUGGGCAAUAUCUGAUUUAUUAAAAGGCCUUAAGAACAAAGUAUCUUUAGGAAACAGUGCAAAAAGAAAUGAAGGAUAAAAAGGAUGGAGAUGAGGAGUAUGUAGCCAACGUUAACAAUUUGUUGACAGUUGAUAUCGAAGAACUCUCCGGUAUAUAUUGGGGUGUUUUUGGAUUAUCUUCAUCUUUGGUGACUAUCAGUAUAGCCUUGUACAUGUUGUACCUUAAAUUAGGGAAUGCUGUUUGGACUGGUUUAAUAGUACUGGGCUGUGUGGUUAUAUUUAAUUCCUUUACAACUACUUUGACAAUUAUGUUUUAUAGAAAGGCUUUGGUCCAAAAGGAUAGCAGAUUAGCAUUGUCUUCGGAUGUCAUUGAGGGGAUGAAACAAAUAAAAUAUCUUUCAUGGGAACAAACUUUCAAUGAUAAAAUCUUGGCAAUCAGAGAAAAAGAAUUUGGAUAUAUCAGGUGGUAGAAAAUAAUAGAUAUUAUAAAUAAUGUCCAAUGGAGUAGUAUCAGUUACAUAUUGCUCUACUUCUUCUUGUCCAGUUAUGUGAAAGAAAAUGGAGAGGAUGCAUUGAAAUCAACUAACGUCUUCACAAUUAUAGCCUUAUUUAAUUUAUUGACAUUUCCUUUGGGAGUGAUUCCUUAUUCAGUUAACCAACUAAUCAAUACGACUGUUUCCUACAAGCGUAUUAAAACUUAUUUAGACCUUAAGGAAAUCAAUGAGGAAGAAAUAAUUAGAUAUAAAAAUUGUAUCGGAGAAGAAUAUGUAAUAGAGAUACCUUAGAUUAAAUUCAAAUGGCCAACGAAGGAGAGUAAUUCCAAUGAUAGUGAGACAUUCUAAUUGAGGAAGAAUACUCUCAACAUGAUAAUUGGUAGGAUUGGAUGUGGAAAGACAGCUUUAUUGAAUGCAAUUUUAAAUGAGAUGGAAAUAAAAGAGUAGAAUCAAAGUAGUUUGAAAGUGAAAGGGAGUGUCGCUUAUGUUAGUUAGAAUCAUUGGUUAUAGAACAUGUCAAUAAGAGAUAACAUUUUGUUUGGUAGAACUUAUGAUAAAUAAUUGUAUAAGCAAUGUAUAGCUGCUUGUGAUUUGAUGCCAGAUUUACUUACAUUCCCCAAAAGAGAUCAAUAUAUACUAGGACCAGAUGCUAAGAAUAUUAGUGGAGGAUAGAAGCAAAGAAUUUCAUUGUGCAGAGCCUUGUACCAGAAUUGUGAUAUCUAUUUAAUGGAUGAUAUAUUCUCUUCAUUAGAUAUGCAUGUGGCUGAUAAUGUGUUCAAUAAAGGAAUUAAAUAGAUGUUAUUGGAUUAAGGAAAAACCAUUUUGAUGAUCACUUCCUAAUUCAGAUUCAUUGAGAUGUACAAUAAAUGCAAUAUCAUAUACAUGAUUGAUGGUUAAAUUUGCGAAGAUGAAUAGCUAUUAAAUGACUUUAUGUCUCAGGAGAAGGAGAAACAACAUCAAUUAGAAUAGGAGAAAUUGGAGAAAGAAGAGAAAGAAGAAAAGAAGAUGAUCCAUGAAAAAGUCAAAGUGAGAUAAUCACAAGAGAUUGAUUUAGAUUAAAUGGAGAAUAAUUAAACAGAAGGUGCAAAGAAAAACGAAGCAGAAGAGGAAGAAAGGGAAUCUGGUGAGAUUGCUGGAGAUACUGUUUUAUAUUAUAUAUCUUAAAUGGGAUAUGCAUUAGUAAUAUUAGCAAUCUUGUUAUCUGUUGUUUUGAUGUUGAGUAGAAAUAUGAUUGAUUUUUGGAUUAGAGCAUAGAUCAGUAUUGAUAAUCACACAUUUGACUUUUUUGAUGAUUGGUUUGGAACCUCAUUUAAUAGUAAAUUCUCUUGGUUGAUUGCCAUCAUAGUGAUGAUCACAUUCGUAAGUGGUGGUAUUAUGAAAAUCUGUAUCUUAUUAAGUGGGUGGAGAACAUUCAAAAAAUUAAAUCAAAGUAUUAUGAAUUCAAAAAUGAUAUUCUUUGAUAACAAUGCUUAAGGUAGAAUUAUCAAUAGGAUAUCCAAUGAUACUUUGGUUGUAGAUGAUGAACUACCUUGGUACGUUGAAGUGCUCAUUAUGUCAUUACUCGCAUGCAUAGGCUAUCCUAUCGGAAUCAUCAUUCUCUUUCCAUGGUUGAUUGUGAUUAUUAUCAUUGAAAUCUUUGCAUUUAGAUGGCUGUAAAAAUACUUUAGAAAAAGUAAUCGAGAUCUUAAGAGAAUCCAAUCAACAAAUGAAGGCAAAGUUAUAUCCCAUCUCACUGAAACUACUGGAGGCUUAAGAACAAUAAGGGCAUUUGAGAAACAAUAAUACUUUAUUCAGGAAUACAUAGUCAAAUUAACUGAAUCUAUUUGCUCUUUGGUAAAUAGUAGAAGAGUUAGUUACUGGUUGUCUGUAAGAUUACACUUAUUAAGUAACUUGAUCUUCUUAUCUGUUUCAAUCACCAUCAUCUUUAUGAUGUUGUUUAAUAUCGAAAUUGAUUAUGCCACUUGUGCUAUGACCUUAACAUAUGCUGUACUUAUAGCUAAUGAAUUCAAUGAUACAAUGAAUUGGUUCACCUAGAGUGAAGCUAAAAUGGUUUCAGUUGAAAGAAUUAGAUAAUACUUUAAUAAUCCUUAAGAGUAAUAUGACAGUGUUGUCAAAAUUAAUCCAUAAGUCCAAUCAAUUAUUAGACAACAAGUACCACCUAAACCAUAAAAUGUCGAUCCAAACUAAUUUGCUAUAGUGUUCAAUGAUGUCACCAUUACUUAUGAUGAUGUCUUACAAAGCCAAAGUGUCAAGUAUGCUUUAAAGAACUUUUCUCUCUUUAUUAAAAAAGGAGAGAAAGUUGCCUUUGUGGGUAGAACUGGAUCAGGCAAAACAUCCAUUCUAAACAUUUUAUUCCGAUUGUAUGAUUUCCAACAAGGACAAAUAUUCAUAAAUGGACAUGAUAUUUAAAACAUGUAAUUGAGAGAUGUGAGACAAUUAUUAUCAAUAGUGCCUUAAUUUGGAUUUUUGUAUAAUGCUACUCUCAGAGAUAACAUUGAUCCUCAAGGAAGAUUAACAGAUCAAUAAAUUGAGCAAGCAUUCAACAAUACAUAAUUUAGGAUAAGAGGGAUCAUGGAGGAUUCAAAUAAGACUAAUAGUUCAAGUUUGGAGGAAAGUUAGUAAUCCUCAACUAAUAUUAAUUUCAUGAUUGCUAAAUCUGGAGGCAACCUAUCAAAUGGUGAAAAAUAAGUUAUCAAUUUUAUGAGGGUCAUCCUAUAAAAUAAGGAUAUUGUUUGUUUGGAUGAAGCCACUUCAAACAUGGAUCCAAAAACAGAUGAAGAAUUACAUAAGACAUUAUUUGAUUACGUCUAAAAUGAUAAUAGGACAUUACUUGUUAUUACUCAUAGAUUAGAAAAUAUUCAGUAAUACGAUAGAAUUGUGGUACUGGAGAAGGGAGAGAUCGUUGAAUUGGGAUCAUAUGAAGAACUUAUGUAAAUGAAUGGAUGGUUUGUUAGAUUGGUAAAUUAAAAUAAUGAAUGA